CCUCGGGAACUUCCAGCCGCGGCUCAGAAGUUGCCAAACUCGGCCGCCCGCUCGCCCGCCCGCGGCUCUGCAGAAGCGCUCGCCAUGGGAGACCCGGUCCUCGGCUGGGCGCUGGAAACGUGGGCGCUCGUCCUGCUGCUCCUGGGUCUGCUGAUGCUUUAUGGGAUCUGGCCGUAUAAUUUCUUUAAGAAGUUGGGAAUUCCUGGGCCAAGACCCCUGCCUUUUAUCGGAACUUUCCACGAAUAUCGGCAUGGUAUUUUGAAGUUCGACCAAAGGUGCUUUGAGAAAUAUGGCAAGAUCUGGGGAAUAUUUGAUGGCCGGCAACCUGUGAUGGUCAUUUUGGAUCCUGCCGUCAUUAAAACAGUCCUGGUUAAAGAAUUCUAUACUUAUUUCACCAAUCGCCGGGACUUUGGUCUAAAUGGAAAUCUGGACACAGCCAUAACGGUCGUUGUCGAUGAACAGUGGAAGAGGAUUCGCAGUGCCUUGUCUCCCACUUUCACCAGUGGGAGGCUGAAAGAGAUGAUGCCCAUCAUCAACCAUUAUAAUGAAAUCUUGGAGAAGAACAUUCAGAAGAAAGUGGAGAAGGAUGAAACCAUAGAUAUGAAGCUGAUCUUUUCAGCCUACAGCUUAGAUGUGGUAACCAGCACUUCAUUCAGCGUCAACAUUGAUUCCCUCAACAAUCCCAACGAUCCGGUCGUUGUGCACAUGAAGAAGUUCCUCAGAUUUAGCUUCCUCAGCCCUGUUUUAAUCUUGGCUGUCCUUUUCCCAUUCCUUAUCCCAGUGCUGGAAAUGUUCAACUUGACCAUAUUCCCCAAGUCUUCGGUAGACUUCUUCCUCGAGGUCUUCAAAAAAAUCAAAGAAGAUCGACAAAAGAAGGACCGCACGAACCGAGUUGAUUUUCUUCAGCUCAUGAUGGACGUACAAGCAGCAGCCAACGCCUCUGGGGAUUCAGAGAAAGCUUUAACAGACAAAGAGAUUUUGGCCCAGUCGAUUUUUUUUAUCUUUGGGGGCUAUGAGACCAUUGGUACCUCCCUCAGCUUCAUGUCUUAUUGUCUGGCCACGCACCCCGAUGUUCAAGAGAAAUUGUACCAAGAGAUCAACGACACUUUCCCCAAUCAGACCCCUCCCACCUAUGAUGCACUCCAUCAAAUGGAAUAUCUCGAUAUGGUGGUGAAUGAAACUUUUCGCCUUUACCCUCCGGGGACACGGCUCGAGAGAAUCUGCAAAAAGACAGUGGAAAUCCAUGGAAUGACCAUCCCACAAGGGACUGUGGUUCUGAUUCCCGCUUACGUCCUACAUCGGGUCCCUGAAUAUUGGCCUGAGCCCGAAGAGUACAGACCUGAGAGGUUUAGUAAAGAGAACAAAGAGAGCCUAGACCCCUAUGUGUUCCUCCCUUUCGGAGCGGGUCCUAGGAACUGCAUCGCUAUGCGUUUCGCCCUCCUGGUACUGAAAAUGGGUCUGGUGGUUUCGCUGCAAAGAUUUCGCUUCCAAACCUGCAAAGAAACACCGAUCCCCUUGGAGCUGGACGACAAAGGAUUCCUCAAGACAAAGAAGCCCAUCAUGUUGAAGUUGGUGCCCAGAGUCGUCGUGAAACAUGAGGAGUAGAAGUUCUGGAGACUGCAAAGAGGCAGUGGUGUCUUUCUUCCUUCCUUCCUUCCUCCCUCCCUCCCUCUCUCCUCCCUUCCCUUCCCUUCCCUUCCCUUCCUCCUUCCUGCUCUCUCCUUCCUUCCUUCCUCCCUCCCUCCCUCCUUCCCGCUGUCUCCUUCCUUCCUUCCUUCCUUCCUUCCUUCCUUCCUUCCUUCCUUCCUUCCUUCCUCUCUCCCCCUCCAUCUUCCUUCCUUCUUUCCCUCCCUGCCUCUCUGCCUCCCAGUUUAAUCUUGUAAUCCCUCCUUUCUUCACUUUUAAAAAAAAAUCAUAAACCUGCUUAUUUAAUAAACACAUCCCUUGAUUUUGAGUGACUCAUG